AUGGGAGACCUGCGGCUCCGGGACAACCCUGCGCUGUUCGCAGCGGCGCACGCUGGCCCGACGGUGCCCCUCUUCGUGUGGUGCCCUGCAGAGGGCACCGCACUUCAAGCAGCGCUGGCGCCCACCCUGCGGCACUUGGACGCCGCGCUCUGGAGGCGCUACGGCAGCCACCUGCGGCUUCUGGGUGGCGGCGAGGACCGCGCUUUUUGGGCACGUCUGGAUGAGCGUGAGGAGCCCUGCGAGAGGGCGAGAGAGGGGCAGCUGGCGCGCCUUGCCGCGCAGCAGGGCGUGGAGGUGACGCUUGGAGCUGGGGAGCUGGGCAGCGCAGUAAAGUUUUCUUUGGUGCCGUGUAUGCCACUCUCAGUGCUCGGCUCGGACGCUGGGAUGCGGUGCCGGCUCAGGAAGCUGCACAGCGCCUUUCUGUUCCGGGACCCGGAGCGCUGCCGCAUCUUCCAGGCAGUCCAGCGUUUUGGGCCGGUUGGCAUGAAGGCCCGGCAGCGAGUGGCAGGGCCCCUUGCCUCUUCGGACACGGUGCCAGGGGGCGAGAUCCGGAAGGCGGUGGUUGAGCCGCCGCGUUUGACGCCUUUGCCCGGAGAGCAGCACCUCCCCUUUGCUGGGGAUGCCGAUGCUGCAUGGCCCUUCAAGGGCGCCAUGCCAACAUCUCGGGUCACUGGUCGCCCCCUGCUAGAUGACUCCCAGCAGCUCGAGAAGAUUUGGGGCUUCACUGAGGAGGAUGCACAGCAAGCGCUGGCUCAAUUCCAGAAGUCGGAGGGCGGACUGGCCCGCUACAAGGGCUCCAUCACCCGAGAUGCUGGGCCCAAAGCGAAGGAGUCGCGCCUUGCGCCAUACUUUCGCUUGGGUUUGCUGUCCAUGGUGGAUCUUUGGUGGCGCCUGGACCGCUCCGGUGAUGAAGCGCGGAAGUGGUUCCGGCGCUGUGCCUGGCGAGACUACGCAUACUGGAUGCUGCACUAUUGGCCGAGCCUGCCGGAAGAGCCGAUGCGAAUGGCCUUCCGGGACAUGCCGUGGCUCCGAACCCGCCGCGACGCGGCGGUGGAGGCCUGGCGGCAGGGCACCACGGGCUUCCCGCUGGUGGACGCCGGAAUGAGAGAACUGCGGAGCACGGGAUACUUGCAGCAGAACCUCCGCCAUACGGUGGGCCAGUUCCUGGUGGAGACGCUGGGGGCUGACUGGCGAGUGGGCGAGGAGUGGUUUCACUUGGCGUUGGCGGACAGCGACCUGGCCAUCAACUCCAUGAUGUGGCAGCACCAAGGCUUGGCAGGAGUCUCACAGUGGCUGAUUGGCAUAGACUGCCAUCCAGUGCGCCACGCGCGGGCUGCCGAUCCCCAAGGCGAAUACGUGCGAUACUGGAUUCCUGAGCUGUCCAAGCUGCCGCUGAAGUAUCUCCAUUGCCCGUGGGAGGCUCCCGCGGAUGUGUUGAAUGCUGCGGGUGUGAAGCUAGGCACCAGCUACCCGCGCCCCGUGGUGGCAGACGUGGACGUGGCUCGCGCGGAGUUCUUGGAGCGAGCGCGGCGCUGCCGCGCCGCGGCGCCCUGGGACUGCUUCAGCGCUGAUGGUUGCGACUUGCUGGCCCUGCCAACUGAACCUUCACCGCUGCGCAUGGAGAGAGGUAUUUGGGCGCUGACAGAGCGCAGAUUGAGGGGCAACACUCCGGAAAAGGGUGGCGGCAAGGGCAAAGGCAAGGGCAAGAGCCAGUGCAGGAUUGAGAAUAGAGCUGUGAAGGAGGACGAGGGUGCAAGGCAGAGAAGCAAGAAUGAGGCGGAUAAGCGUGAGGGCAAGGGCAAGGGCCAGCGGCGCUGGAACGAUGCGAAGGUUCAGGAGGAAGCGUGGGAUGGCCGGCGUCGGUGGCAGCGCGCUUCUGGUGCGUGA